AUGGAAAAAUCCUCUGAUGUCCACCCUAGUCACACUGCGAGAUCUACAACGGUGCCAAGGAAGGAGAGAGAGAGAGGAGUCUUGGUGCCUCCAAAGAGACAACAUCCAAAGGCUUCUAAGGCAGGUAGACUCCUUGAGGCAUCAUCAGUGAGGAAGGAGAGGCCAAAGAAGGAGAAGUCAGAGACAAAUGGAGUGACUGUGGAGCAGGAGACAGAAGUGAAGGUGAAAUCCACUGUGGUGGACAUAGACAGUGUGAGAGAGCAGGUAAAUGAGGAGAACACAGGGGUUCUGGAAGCAGCAGAGGAGGACGGUCUAAAGCGCAAGAACCUAGGAGUGUUAGAGUGGCUGCUGAUGGUCUUCGCCUUGACUCUGAUUCUCCUCUUCCUCCCUCUCACCAUCUGGUUCUGUUUUAAAAUAGUGAGGGAGCACGAGAGAGCAGUGAUCUUCAGACUGGGUCACUUACUGCGAGGAAGACCCAGAGGACCAGGCCUUAUUUUCUACCUGCCACUCCUUGAUGUGUGCCACAAAGUCGACAUCCGACUGAAAAUGCUGAAUGUUCCUUCUCACACGGUGGUGACAAAGGACUUGGUGAGGCCAGAGCUGAGUGUGGUGGUUUAUUACCAGAUAGAAAAUGUGGCUCUGUGCAGCGCAGCAUUGUCAAGCCGGACCACAGUGCUACAAACUCUGGUCCAGUCGGUGGUCAGAGAUGUUCUCGCCCAACACACUCUCAGCCACAUCGUGCUGCACCGGAGACACAUCGGUCAGCAGAUACAGGCUGCUGUUGACUCUGUGGCUUGCCGCUGGGGCAUUAGGGUGGAGAGAGCAGACAUAGAUGAGCUCGGUUUUCCUGUGGAGUUACAGCAGAGUCUGGCUGCUGAGGCGGAGGCCAAGAGACAACAGCAGGUCAAAGUAAAAGCAGCUGAAGGAGAGAGAGCUGCUUGGGAGGGGUUGAGGUCUUCCUUUCGUCUCCUCCAUCCUGCCCUAGUUCUUCCAUUCCCCCCAGAUCUCCUCAACUUGAAUCCUGACCUUUCAUCUCUCCCACCACCUCCUCCCCCUGUUGUGGAAGAAGAGGGACAGAUAGCAGAAAGAGAGAGAGAGACGGACUCGCCCAUGAUGUGA